GAAUAGGCAAGAUGUUACUUAUCACCUUUGCAAAAGUGGAUUUGUUGGAGGAUAUACUAAGUGGAUUGCGCAUGGUGAAUCUAUCACUCAUGAAAUAAAUUCUGAACAACUUGAGGAACAAUCUACUGAUUAUCUUGCUACAACCAACAAUGUCAAUGAUUAUAGAAGCAUGGUCAUGGAAGCAAUGGAUAUAAAUUAUGGUACAGUUGGAGUUGGUAGUUCUGAAAUGGGCAAUCGAACCAUGGAGCCGAACUUAGAAGUUUCAAAAUUCUAUGAAUUAUUACAUGGUGCGGAUGUGCCAUUAUGGGAAGGCUGCAAUUAUCAUACCAAGUUAUCUGCUGUAUCUCAAUUGCUGAACUUAAUGUCAGAAUUUCACAUUAGUCAUAGUUGUUUUAAUAAGUUUAUGGGAACGGUAAAAAGUAUGCUACCAGAAGGAAACCUCUUACCAGAUAAUUUUUAUAAUACGAAGAAGAUGAUGUCCACUCUAGGCCUUGGUUAUACAAAAAUCGAUGUUUGUGUAAACAAUUGUAUGUUGUACUUUCAAGAAAAUAUCGACAGAACAUCAUGUACAAUAUAUGGUCACCCUCGAUAUAAACCAAUACAAUCAUUUAUGGGGCGACGAAAAAAGAGACCAUUUAAAGUGUUGCGAUAUCUACCUUUGAUUCCUAGACUCCAAAGACUUUUUAUGUCAUCCAAAACUGCUCUGCAUAUGGUUUGGCAUGCUUCUAACCAACAUGUAGAUGGUAGUAUGGUGCAUCCUGUUGAUAGUGAGGCAUGGAAACAUUUUGAUCGCACCCACUCUUGGUUUGCAUCUGAUCCAAGAAAUGUUCGGCUUGGAUUAUGUACUGAUGGAUUCAAUCCUUUUGGGCAACGGUCUAAACCGUAUUCUUGUUGGCCCGUAAUUGUUGUAGUUUACAAUUUACCUCCAUGGAUGGCAAUGAAAAAACCUUACAUAUUUCUGAAUAUGGUAAUUCCAGGUCCUAAAAGCCCUGGAAAAAGCUUGGAUGUUUUUUUGAGGCCUUUGAUUGAUGAGCUGAAAUUGUUGUGGCAUGAAGGAGUUUGGACUCAUGAUGCUAAUUCUAACCAAAACUUUCAAAUGAAAGCAGCAUUGUUAUGGACAAUAAGUGAUUUUCCUGCAUAUGGUAUGUUAUCUGGAUGGAGCACACAUGGUAGAAUGUCAUGUCCAUAUUGUAUGGAAAAUAAUGCCUCGAAGAGCAGUAUCAUCUAGAGGUAGAGGACAUAGCCAGCAGCUCUCUAUGAAUGAAACAAAUAAUCCAACUGCAGAUUGUACUUCUCUAUCAGAUGAUUCAACAAAUUCAUAGAUUAGUUUUUAGUUUUAUGAACAUUGUUAAGUAUUAUUCAUUUAUUUUAAAUUUUAUGACGAUUGUUAAGUAUUAUUAUGAACAUUGUUAAA